AUGAGUCGAUCAGCCGAUGACAAUGGGCGUGCUGUGGACUCAGCGAGCAAAGCUCCGCCGUCUUUGCUUAAAACACUGUUGAACAAGGGCAAAGACGUUUUAACACAUGACGGGAAGAAUGCCUCAAUUAUUCUAAACGAUACUUUGCGCGAAACACCAUGGACGCCUAAAAGCUUAGGAAGGGCUAAAACAGCCAUAAUUUACAAGCAAACACUGAAUGACACAUUACUGGUGUUGGAACGUAAUAUAUUUUUCAUAAGUGGAUGGGUGCCUUAUUUUGUGUCAUUGCAAGAAGACAGCAUUCUGAUGUUUACCAGUCGUGAACGGUGGGAGCAGGGGCUUAAGCCUGAUAAGAUUAUUGAGCUGCACCACAUGAUGCUGCUUGGUGAUAUGAAAGUAGAUGUAGUCGAAGGAAAAUCUUCAUCUUUUGAUCACGACGGCAAUAUACGCUUAUUUCGUCGCAAGGUGCUGGAAACUGACGAGCUGGACGAGUGGCUGAACGGAGAGGUCCACCAAAAUUUGGCUGUUUCGUCAGGCAAUCCAGGUGCCUUAAAUUUUCUGAAUGCAAGUACUCAUUGCGUUCUAGAAUUCGGUUCAUACAAUCAGAGCACGUUUGAGUUGUGGACGAAAGCAAUCCGUCAUAUUUUGGGUACGAAGCGAGAAGAGCACAUGAGCAGGUCACGAAGUAACCAGAGCAGAGAGGACACAGAUGGUGUCUCUCACGAUAGAUUUACAGAAUCCAAAAAGUGUUGGGUGUCUCCUGGUCAAGAUUCCAAGGUGACUUUGCUUCAAAGUGAAAUUUGGUGUAAUCGAGUUCUUUCCGGCGAGAAGGAAAAAGCGGAAUCCGAGAUUCGAAGAAUAGUGGCAAUGGAAAAGCUAGUGGACCAAGUGACUCACUCGCAGAUGGCUUUGCUAGUUUACGAAAAGGUGAGCCGAGUACAUGAAUUAUUUGUAGCCAAUGCCAGGCGUGAAAUCGAAAGGAUUGAUGGGAGAGAAAAUCCGAUGCCGGGAGAGGUUCUCAACUUCUUUGCAGACCAUCUCAAGCGAAAAUACUCCGUUUUCAUGAUUUUGGCAUUGGCAUACGGGGUUGAAGAGGAGGAAAUGCGAGAAGCGCAUGAGCGCAUGUGUUGCGAGAACGCUGCCGUAAACGCUGGAAUAGGAGGUGGAAGCGGCGAGCAGCAACGAAUCAAUGCUUGUUAUGGUUUUGAAGAUCCGGAGAGUCUCGAGCUUUAUGAGAAAUACCGAGAUGCAGCGUUUAAUUACCACAAAAUGAAUUAUGGAGACACAGCUGCUGCUGAAGAAGAAGACGCCAUCAUGCAUCUUCCCGUCAUGCUCCAGGUUGCCAUUGUUCGGCAAGAUCACGAAGAAUCAGCAGCGAUGCUUUCUAUACUUAAUACUGUCAGAGCUCGAUUAAUGAAGCAUUGCGCCCAGGAUUUAAACUCUUAG